AUGGUGGCACUUGCACGCCGCAGUCUGGCAUUCUUGGUGAUUGCAGCUUGCGCAGCCUCCGCUUUGGCUGCAGAAGAAGCCGGAGGAAGUGAAUCAUUGAUAGCAAUCGGCCUUGAGAAAUCACCACGGCCAGAGGGAUCGCGUCCUGCGAGACUUGGAGUCAAACCCAUCCUUGGUGGAGCGGCCUUCGGUGCGGCCUUGCUUGCUGCCAUUGUUUACUUUGGCUUGAAGGUUCUCGGCACGAAAAUUGUCGAAGUGAACGCUGAGGUAGGUAAUGUAGAGGCAAGUUUUACACUAGUAACUAACAAGUACACUGCCUGGGUUGAAAUAACAGCACAGCAACCGGUUAGUGCAAUCAGAAAGUUGACUGGUACUGAGAAGCAAAACUGGAAGGACACGAACUCAAGCGCUCUUCAAACUUUUCUUGAUUGCGGAAAAGGAGAAGGCGAAUCAAGCUGUACUGUACAAGUUGCUGGCGUUCCGGUUACCAUAGUGGCUGACGUGCGGAGGCCAAACCCCCAAACAAAUGAAACAAGCGACCCAUCGUCUGGGGCGCAUCCCAAAGACCAAUGA